UGACAUAUCUUCUCCGAUCACACCGUUUCCUCUCACAGUUACACAGCGGAAGAAAAGCCACUUCCUCAAAAAGACAUAACAGGCUCCUCUCAAGCACCUCCGACUGCAAGACGCAGGUAAACACACAUCUGCGUCCGUCUGUGCUCCGCUGCCAUCGGGAUGGAGGCGUUCAGCUCGAAGGACAUGGCCAUGAAGGCCCAGAAGAAGAUCCUCAGUCACAUGGCCAGUAAGUCGGUGGCGCAUAUGUUCAUCGAUGACAACAGCGGCGAGGUUCUGGACGAGCUGUACCGCGUCUCCAAAGAGCACUCGGGGAACCGCACCGAGGCCCAGAAGGUGGUGAAGAACAUGAUCAAGAUCGCCGUGAAGGUGGGGGUUCUGUUCAAACAUGACAAGUUCAGCGCGGAGGAGCUGAGUGUGGCACAGGACUUCAGGAAAAAACUCCACAGCGGAGCCAUGACGGCCAUCAGCUUCCAGGAGGUGGAGUUCACCUUUGAUAAGAACGUGAUGAUGGAGCUGCUGUCUGAGUGUCGUGAUUUACUGCUGAAGCUGGUGGAGAAGCACCUGACGCCCAAAUCUCUGGACCGCAUCAGACACGUGUUCAACCAUUACUCGGACCCGGAGCUCCUCACACACCUGUACGACCCUCAUGGCACGCUGUGGCCCAACCUCAGCAAGAUCUGCACGGGUCUGAACCGCAUGAUAGAAGAGGGCAAGCUCUGAACACAGAGUUGGACUGAGAGACUGGACUGCAGAGCUUCUGUACCUGUGCUCAGAGACACUGAUCGUCUCCUGAACAUCCCUCCAGGCUGUUUGGGCGAUUCGCACUAGACAUGUCAAGAACACGUGCAGCUCAUAUUUCAUAUCUCAAAACCGAAUCAGGAAGAUUUAAAGGGACAGUACACAGUUCUUUUUUCUUUUUUUUUAAUACUGAAAGUUCUGAAGGUUCAGAAAACAUUUACUUACAGGGAAUGUUAGCAAAAGUUUUUAGAACACUUUUUUAUAUAUAUAUAUUUUAUAUAUAACUUUUAGCUGGGUUUCUUCUGUGGAACACAAAAUAUAAGUAAAUGCGGUCCAAUAAAAUACAUGUAAUAUUCAACAGUCAUACAGUUUUGGAACAAAUAUAUGAUGUCAGAAUGAUUGUUUUUGGGUGAACAAUCUCUUUAUCAAACAUUACGUUUUGCAAAAGACAAAAAUAAAUUUUAAUAUGAUUAGGCUUUUGUUUUUAUUAUUAUCUUCUCCCAUGAAAAUUACCAAAUAGAACUUAUGUAACACUGGAUUUUAUGCAUAUUUCUACAGUAUUCACAGUAAAAUAAUACAUUACUGUUUUCUUGUUUUUGUUCAAAAGCAGCAGUAUUAGAGUUUAACACAGAAUGGAGCAUCUGAAUGGAUUAAAGUUUAAUAAUAAAGUAUUGUUUUGUUUCAAAUAUUCUCUACAGAAGCCUUUUCUUCAACUCUGUGAUUUUUUGAUAUCAUCUGGUCUAUCUUUUUGUCACCAUACGUCAUCUCAGUUAUUUAACGUCCACU